UCCUCAGGCGCACCAGCGGCACUCGCUUCGCAAGACAACAAUUCCCGAAAUUCAAAUCCUUGUUUUUUGUUUUGAUUAUUUUUACAGUUUUUUAGGUGGAAAAAAAACAACUGGAGAGGAGAAAAGAAGGCAACCUUAAGGUAAGAUUCCAGCCUCCCAAUGGCCUUCUUUCUGUUCUGCUGGCGUCUCCUGAUCGCCCCGAGUCUCUGCCUGCUCCUGACUCCCCUCGCCACAGCUAGAAGCCCCAACAACACCCUCUUGUAUCACCGACAGGAAAGCAGCAUUCGCAACUGCAGCUGUGCCACGGAGAUCGAGCCCUGCAACUACGCCAAGGCCAACAUCCUGUGCAACUGUCAGACGGUCAUCCUGAGAAGCGCCGACUCCCUGAGCCUCCGCUACUCCUACCAUGGAGGCCUGACAGUCUGGAUGGAGGACCCCUGGGUCCUGAGUCAGCUGGUUAACUACAGCGCCGUGACGGACCUGAGGCUGGCGUCUUGCCGACCUGGCAUGUUCUCUAAGGACCACUUGACGGUGUUUGGCCUCCAGAGGUUGCAGGUCUACAAGCGUGCAGAACAUGAAGUGGCAUUCAGUAAGCAGGACAUCACCAUUGACUGUUCGGAAAUGCCUCUGGCGCAAGUCGAGCCCCCCAGUGUGCCCCACCAGGUGUCUUUUCUGGACCUGAACCUUCUCAGUGGAGAUUCCUUUCUGAAAGCCUACAGCGUGAGCAACGUGCCCGCCAUCAAGGAGCACUUCCCCAAUCUCCUGUUCCCAAGCACCUUUGAGCCAACGGGCAGCUGGCGAUAUCAAGUUACCUUCAUCUACUGAGAAGACAGCCAGGGGUCAUGUAGACAGCAGCUGGCACUCUGGGGGCACAUAUUUUAAAGUGUGACCUCAAGACCUUGUAAUCAGUGGUCAGGUCCUCAGGAUGCCCGGGCUCAGUCAAUGUAGCGUUACUGAGUUAGGUGUACCAGCAAGGCACUAUAUUGAUGAAAGGACAAUAGCAAAAAAACUACAUGAAAGAGCAGGUGCCCAUAAUUCAAGUAAGAGACCCCCCUGUGCUCUGAUUGGCUGUGAAUUCAGCCCCCAUGCUUUCCAAUACACAAUACGGAUUUAUAAGAAGAGUGUUGGAAGUUAAUGGAGGUUCACACAAGCAAUAUGAGAAAUAAAUUCCAUUUGGAGUCACAAAACAUCCAGAAACAUUUUGGGUCUUCACCCACCCGCCUCCUUGACACCACAAACCCACUGGAAACAUUACAAUACAAUACAAUACAAUGCAAUUUAUUUUUGUAUAGCCCAAAAUAACCCAAGAAGUGCCACA